CCUCCAGGGGAGGAGAGACCUGUAGCACCCCGUCCUGAUGCUCCAGGAUCCAGGCCAGGAUUGCUGGAUUCUCUGAAUCCCAGACCCUGAUUGCUGGGCUAUGUCUCCCACACCCCUCAACUCCACUCUUGGGAUGCCUCUUUGGUGAAGGCUCUGGAUCAGUCUGGGUCUUCCAGCCCUGACAUGGCCCUGAACACCUGCUGCUGCUCCCCUGCGGCCGUGAAGAAGAGGCUGCCCAUCCUGGCAUGGCUGCCCAACUACCCCGUGCAGUGGCUGAAGAUGGACUUCAUCGCUGGACUCUCAGUUGGGCUCACGGUCAUUCCCCAGGCGCUGGCCUAUGCCGAAGUGGCUGGACUCCCACCCCAGUACGGACUCUACUCUGCCUUCAUGGGAUGCUUUGUGUAUUUCUUCCUGGGCACCUCCCGGGAUGUGACUCUGGGCCCCACGGCCAUCAUGUCCCUCCUGGUCUCUUUCUACACCUUCCACGAGCCUGCCUAUGCUGUGCUGCUGGCCUUUCUGUCCGGCUGUAUCCAGUUGGUCAUGGGGGUCCUGCAUUUGGGGUUCCUGCUGGACUUCAUCUCCUGCCCCGUCAUUAAAGGCUUCACCUCUGCUGCUACUGUCACCAUCGGCUUUGGACAGAUCAAGAACCUCCUGGGACUGCAGAACAUCCCCAGGCAGUUUUUCCUGCAGGUGUAUCACACCUUCCUCAAUAUCGGAGAAACCAGGGUGGGUGAUGCCGUCCUGGGCCUGGUCUGCAUGGUAUUGCUCAUGGUACUGAAGCUGAUGCAGGACCAUGUGCCUCCUGUCCACCCUGAGAUGCCUCCCGGUGUGCGACUCAGCCACGGGCUAGUCUGGGUUGCCACAACAGCUCGCAAUGCCCUGGUGGUCUCCUUUGCAGCCCUGGUUGCAUAUUCCUUUGAGGUGACUGGAUACCAGCCUUUCAUUCUAACUGGGGAGACAGCCGCGGGGCUUCCUCCAUUCCGGGCCCCUCCCUUCUCAGUGACCACUGACAACAGGACGAUCUCCUUUCCAGAGAUGAUACAGGACAUGGGAGCCGGGCUGGCUGUGGUGCCUUUGAUGGGCCUCCUGGAGAGCAUCGCAGUGGCCAAAGCCUUUGCUUCUCAGAAUAAUUACCGCAUCGACGCCAACCAGGAGCUGCUGGCCAUUGGCCUCACCAACGUGCUGGGGUCCCUCGUCUCUGCCUACCCAGUCACAGGCAGCUUUGGACGGACAGCUGUGAAUGCCCAGUCAGGGGUGUGCACCCCAGCAGCGGGGCUGGUGACAGGAGUGCUGGUGCUGCUGUCGCUGGACUACCUGACCUCUCUCUUCUACUUCAUCCCCAAGUCAGCCCUGGCCGCAGUCAUCAUCAUGGCCGUGGCUCCGCUGUUUGACACCAAGAUCUUCGGGACGCUGUGGCGCAUUAAGAGGCUGGACCUGCUGCCCUUAAGCGUGACCUUCCUGCUGUGCUUCUGGGAGGUGCAGUACGGCAUCCUGGCUGGGGCCCUGGUGUCCAUGUUCAUGCUUCUGCACUCCGUGGCCAGACCCAAGACCCAGGUAUCCGAGGGGCCGGUUCUUGUCCUGCAGCCAGCCAGCGGUCUGUACUUCCCUGCAGUGGAAGCCCUGCGGGAGGUCAUCCUGAGUCAGGCCCUGGAAGUGUCCCCCCCACGCUGCUCGAUCCUGGAGUGCUCCCAUAUCUGCAGCAUCGACUACACCGUGGUGUUGGGGCUCAGUGAACUCCUCCAGGACUUCCACAAGCAGGGUGUCACCCUGGCCUUUGUGGGCCUGCAGGUCCCUGUUCUCCGUGUCCUGCUGUCUGCUGACCUGAAGGAGUUCCAGUACUUCGCUACUGUGAAAGAAGCAGAGAAAUACCUGAGACAGGAACCAGGGACUCAGCCUUACAACAUCAGUGAAGACUCUGUUCCAGAACACAAGAUUGCCCUGUUAAAGGCUUAAUGGGGCCACCAUGGGCAUCUGAAGUGUGUCCCAGAAGGUUCUUGUCACUGUGAUUUGAUGCUGGAUGCCACCGGAUAGACACGCUGGCCCGGCAGGGCUGAGAAAAGCCUGAGUGGGUGACCCAGGAGAGGAGAAAGAAGUUGUACCUGGAGAUCCACGUGCCAGCUCCGUUUGAAACAAUUGAAAAAUUACCUCCCUGCUGUUCCCUUUCGAGAAGAGUAGUUUGGAGAGAGAUUUCCAGAAUGACAGACUGCAAGAGAAAGCGGGGAGCAGGGGUUUCCAGAUUGGACUGGGAGAGGAGUCCUCAAGCCCAGAGCACCUUCCUGGGUUAAGUUCCACCUUCGCUCUGGGAGCUGGCAGGGGAGGGGCGGGAGAGGACAGGCAUCUUGGAGGCAAAUCUGCUCUUGAAGAGAAAACCAACAUGUGCCAAAUGACAUAAAGUCUCUAUUUAAAAAUGAUUUUGUGUUUUUUAAGUGAAAAAAGUAAUAGCUUUAAUGAUUUUAUUAAAAUCAUAAUUGCUUAUUAUAAAAAAUACAGGACACUAUCUCCCCCCAGUCCACUUUGGUGAUCACUCCAGACCCCUCCUCUCGAACACGCGAGGUUGUCAUACAUGUGGUUGUCAACAUAUGUGCAUAUCUGUUUACGAUUUUACAUAAAUGGGAUCAUUUCAUUCAUGGUGCUCUGUAAGCCACAUUUUUCAUGCAGUCCUUUGCUGUGAACUAUUUAUUGUGAUAAUAAAUAGCAUACGUGAUUUUUAAUGGA